AAAGUAAAUGUGGGGCUACGUGAAUCAAAUGCAGGGGCUUAUACACCAAAGAUGGUCUCUAUUGGUCCUUACCAUAAGAACAAUGAUCAACUUCGUCCGACGGAAAAGUACAAACUAUUGUACCUACGACGGUUUCUUAAACGAAAUGAUAGGCUUGAUAUGGAUAGUUGCAUGAAUGAAUUGAAGAAAUUGGAGGAGGAAGCACUGAAUUGUUACGACGAUAUAGAAGGCCUCAAUAUUAAAAGCCACGAAUUUUGCACAAUGUUGUUGCUUGAUGGUUGUUUUGUGGUUGAAUUUAUUCGAGAGCGUUGUGAAAUAUGUCCAAGAGGAGAAGACGAAAUUAUCAAAACUAACAUUGGUUGCAUAUAUAAUCAAAUACUCCGAGACUUGAUGUUACUAGAAAACCAACUUCCUUUCUUUGUCCUCAACAAGCUUCAUGACAUGACAAAGCAUGAUGAUGAAUUACCAUUGGUAAUAUCAAACAUUUACUUCAUGCAGUACAUAUACUUUCAUGUCAUGGGAACCCUACGAAAACAUCAAAUGAUGACACAACGUGACAUAUGUUCAUGCCAAAUGCAACAGAGCUUUCUGAAGCUGGAGUUAGAUGAGACGAAAGCCUUCCUGCGAAAUCUCAUUGCUUAUGAGCAACAAUCAUCUGAAGUACAACCUAAAUAUUUCAGUGAUUUUGCAAUUUUCAUGGAUCAUAUUAUCGACUCAGACAAAGAUGUGAAUUUGCUUCGCCAGAAAGGAAUCAUAAAGCAUUGGAUGGGAGAGGACAAAGACGUGUCUAGCCUCUUCAACAAAAUCGGAACUGGGGUCACUACGUAUUCCACCUUUUAUUAUGAUAACGAAUGCUUAAGAGCAUCUCAACAUUGUGAAAAAGGAUUGAACAGGAUGAUAGCAAAUUUGAUGCACAAUUAUUUUAGUAGUCCUUGGGUAGGAGCAUCAACUGUUGCAGCCAUCAUACUCCUCGUACUCACAACUAUACAGACUAUUCUAGCUAUCACAAGUGCCUCUAAGUAA